CGGGAAACAAGCACGGAACACUUGUAUAAAAACUAAGCGAUAGUGUGUAACAGAAACAACAAACUCACAGACAAAAACAACACAGCUCCAUUGCCAUAAUCCACUUCUGCUUUCUUCACAGAUCCGACGCAAACCUGCAAUGGGGAUAGAAGUUACCGAUGUUUGUAUGGACAAGGAAGCUGAUUGUGUCAUAGUUUAUUCAAAUGGUGUUUCCCAUGAUUCUGAUCAUGAAACAAUUCCCAAUCAUCAUGAUGGUGUGGGCUCAUAUGGUGAUGGGAAUCCUGAACAACAGGGUGUGGAAGAGAGCACUGAAGUAAAAGAAUAUGAAGUGAAGGUGUGUACUACUGAAACCUCAAUUGAAAUAUGUGGACUUAAUCAUAUGGAAAAAAAUAAGGAGGAGCAGAACAUAGCAAACUCAAAUCUGGAGGCUGGCUUGCCAGAGGAGAAGGUCAAACCAAAAAAUCUGAAAACAAAGGAAAAUAAUAAGUCACAGGUAGCUGUGAAACAUGCAUCAAAAGCCACUUCCGGAAAUAUUCAGACGAAACACACUAUUCCAAAGCCAUUUUCCCUGGCAACCGAAAAGCGCGCUUCCAAUGGAGCUCGUCCUUCUGUGGCUGAACCGUAUGCUGCCACUGCUGUGAAUAAAUCAUCUAAUGCGAAUGGUGUGCGUAAUCCAAACACAAAAAAGAAGAAUCAGCCACCUAUGGUGCCGAGGAUACCAUUGCAACCCAAGAACAAGAAGCAUCCCGAUGAGGAAGAUUCUUGUUCUGUAGCUUCCUCCACUGCAGCAUCUACACGGACUAUUAAGUCCAGGAUGACUGUUGCAGCAGCUCCUGUGUUUAGAUGUACAGAACGUGCUGAGAAACGGAAGGAGUUUUAUUCAAAAUUAGAGGAGAAACACCAGGCAAUGGAAGCUGAGAAAAGCCAAAGUGAAGCAAGGACCAAGGAAGAGGGAGAGGCAGCUAUCAAGCAAUUCAGAAAGAGUUUAACGUUUAAGGCGAACCCAAUGCCAAGCUUCUACCAUGAGGGACCACCACCAAAAGCUGAACUGAAAAAGAUGCCACCAACUCGUGCAAAAUCACCGAAGCUAGGACGAAGAAAGAGCUGUAGUGAUGCUGUCAGUUCAAAUCAAGGAGACAAAGUGAAAGGAGCUUGCCGUCCGGUAAAUCGUCACAGUGUUGGUGAAUACUUCGAAGAGACCAACAGUGUUGGUUUCACAAAUGGAAAGGAUUUAAGUGACAUCCAGAAUGGUCAUUCCAAUUAUGAACUCGAUGAAAUUAAUCAUGUGGAAGAGAUAAUUCUGCCCUUGGUAAAUGGGCAUAGUAAUGCAAACAUUGUUGAUGCCCAGUCUUAAAUUUCUGGUGAGAGGUCUUUAUUUUCUCUUGUUUUCUUGUGACUGCUCUGAAGAAUGUGCAUUUUACUGUGUUUAAGUUGCAAGGACUUGUUGCAUUGUUUGUGUAAUUAUGAAGUGUAAAUUUUCUGUAACUUAUAUCAAUUUAUAUAUAAAGAGUCUAUUUUGCAGUAA